UCAUUGGGCCUCUGAUGAGAUCACUCAACUUCACUAUGCGUCGCUGACUUUCGAAAAGUCAAUUCGGACCUAUGAGAAAUUGGAGAAUAUCAUUAAGAACGGACCGGGAAUUAUUCCAUGUAUUUCUACUGCAAUUAAUCAUACCAUGAAAAUCUUCGAGGUCGUUAAAUUAUCUCAAUCCAUUUUAGGACUCGUCCUUAUGUAUCCGCAUAUCCAUUUUCCUUAG